AUGGAUAAACUGGAGGAAUUGUAUAGUUUAGUAUUUAGCAGCAGUUGUUUCAAAGAAGCCUAUCAAAAACGAAUUUUUGAUACGCUGGGGGAUCUAAAUCUUCCUCAAUCUCAAUCUACCGUUGAUAACGAUGUAGAGAAUUCAUUAUUGGUGAUGCUGACUGUGAUUCAGAAACUCUUUCAAGGACUUAAAACAGUCCAUUGUCCAUAUUUAAGAAGUAUUGCUUAUGAUCUUGUUGAGCAAAAACUUCUAGUGGACAAACUGUUGGAUUGCCUCGGUCAGAGAAAUCAACAUGUUGUAUUUUCUGCAAGUAAAGCUAUUGUCAUAGUUUUGCAGAUGCUUCCUGAGCAAAUGAUCAAAGUGAAAUGGUUUGACAGUCUCAUGAAUUUCAUUUGUUUUGGGAAAGAAAGUGAACAUCCAUGGAGAAAGCUAUACAUUAUGGAAUUAAUAAGAAAAGUUCUCAAAGACUCUAGAAACACUGUUAAUCAGAAGAUUGAAGUUGAAAAUCAAGCAUGUUGCUGUGAACAUGGUCAAGAUGUCGUAUAUUCUUGCAUUCCAGGGAGUAAAUUAGCUAAGUUGUUUUUAAGACACUUUAACUUCCAGCACACUUUGUUUGCAUUCAUCCCUUUUGUAACCAGACCAAAUGGACUAUAUUCUUUUAUGAAAUCAUACCACCAUGUUGGUGCCUUGGAGGACUUUGUUACACUUCAGGCAUGUUUGAGAUUUGAAAAAGCAAUUCAUGAUCAAGAAAAAGUUAAAAAAGAUCCUAUCAGUGGAAUCAAAGAAUGUAACUUGAUAGCAUUUUUAAACUGUCUUGUGGAGAUUGCAAAAUGUUUGCAUAGCAAGAAUUUGCUCAGUUUCCUGCACCCAGAAUCAACUGAAAACCAUUAUAGUAUGGUAAGUGAAUCUGGUGAUGAGUUUACAGGCAAGACUCAGCCUGAAGAUGGAAAUCAUUUGCAAAUAACAAGUACUACCACACAACUUGGCACUGUGGUGUCAACUUUGAUUCAGUACCUACAUUACCCAAGACUAUCAUCACUAAUUUUUAAGAAGAUUUUGGAGGUCUCGAAUCAAGUCAUAAUGAUACCAAGCUCUACUUUAUCCAGCCAGAAAGGUGGCUGUACAGAUUUCACAAAGAUGAUAAGAACUGCUUCAGUCUCUCAUCUAAGUGUUGUUGAAUGCUGUCUCUUAGACAAAGUACCAAAAUGUUUGAGAAGGACUGGAUUUUGUGGAACCAAAAUAAACAGUUCUGACCCCUCUAUUGCACUUGAAACUCAAAGAGAGUGCAUAGAUCUUGUUGCACUUCGUAAAGCUGGGCUAAUUCUUAUCAAGUCUGCAUAUAUUGUGUUAAAGAUGGCUCAAAAUCAAGAAGGUAAAAAUAAAAUGUUUUGAUUUUCCUCUAUAGUACUGAAAAAUAAUAAAUAAUUAUACCAGUUACAGUCUACCUCUUUAUCUUGGUGUUUGCAGUAAGGGAAAUUGACUGUACUUGUCUAUAUACAUGUAGUAGUAACUUGAAAUUCAUUGUACCAAAUUAACUUUUUUAGGGGCCACUUGGCUUUUAUCAAUUUUAUCCUUCACAGUGGUGGCCAAUUCUCACAAGUUGGUUGCCAGGUUCUUUUUAUAAUGUUUUCAAGCUUAAUUAAAACCAGUAAAGGGAAAACUUGUAUUUGAUCUGCACUGCUAUAGUUUAUUUUAAAGAAUUUUGUUUUCUAAAUAAGCCCCUCUGUUUAUCAGUCCCUCCAUUUAUGAGCCCUUCUACAAUCCCUAACCAAGAUGUAUAUAAGCCCAAGGCUUAUGCAGCAGUGUUUGAUAAAUCAAUACCAUGUGAAAGUAAUGCCUAAGAGGUUCCAAUCCAUAAAGUGUUAUUGACAGAACUUAAAUGUCAGAUUUAGGGUUGCCAUAUGCUGCGGACACAGACGUAUUUCCAGUCAUUGCUUCUCUCCAGCUAAGAGAAGCAACAACCAGAUAUAUGUCUGUGUCUGCAGGCUAGGGUUGCUACUCUUAAAAAAAAAAAAAACUGACUUUUCACUGACCUUGUAUUUCAUAAUUCUCUUACGUUUUCCGGCAGCUUAUAGAUAUUCUUUACUUUUUUCCACAGCAUAUGGUGAUGGUUAAAAGAAUUUCCAGACAAAAAAAAUGAUUGGUCUUCAAAAGGACUUUUAACCCUUUUUCUCCUUGACCUUUCACUGACUUUGCCAAGAUCUAUGAUUUUCCAUGAUUUUAAAAACCUUGUUUUUGGUAGAGAUUCCUACCCUACAAACACAGACGUAUUUCUGGUCGUCACUUUUUUCCACCCGAAAAGUGGAGAAAAGAGGGUGGAGAGAAGCAAUGUCAAGAAAUAAGUCUAUGUUCACAGGCUCAGAGAUUAUCACUAAAUAACAUGUUCCUAUAACUGAAUUCAGAAGUGAAAAGUUUAACUGACAUAAAUUUUUUGCAGGAUCAUUGGUAUUUCAGAGGUUGAGUCUUUCCUGUGUCAGUUUGUGGUGUACUCAUCUACCGA